AUGGACCGGUACCAGAGGUCACGUGGAAACAUUCGCUGGUACUACUCUUCAUCUCAACAAACACAUCCUAACAAAGAGAUUGCUGGAACUUUUCCCUCGAUGGAGAACACCCACGAGGCUUUGAAAGAUAACACGACCAUCAUCGUCUUCGGUGCUUCUGGAGACCUAGCGACGACUCGGAAAGAGACUUUUCCUACUCUCUUUGGUCUCUUCCGACAAGGUUUCCUUCCUCACGGGGUUAGAAUUGUGGGCUAUGCGCGCACGAAAAUGGACAGGGAAGACUUCCUCAAGAGGGCCACGUUGUAUAUCAGGAAUCCCAACGAUGAUCCUGAAAUCGCCGCCAACAUUGAGAAGUUCAAAACCAUCCUCACUUACGUUUCAGGAGACUAUAAAGACGGUGCUGCCUUCGAUAACCUCAAUAACCACCUGGAGGAAAUUGAGUCAGGUUAUCCAUCCAGGGUUUGCCAUCGAGUCUUCUGCCUCGCCCUUCCUCCCAGUGUUUCAUUCCCGUUUGCAAAAAUGUCAAACAACAUUGCUAUAUCAAGACGGACGGUGUCAGCCGAAUCAUCAUGGAGAAGCCUUUUGUAA